GUUUAAGAAAUCAGUUUGACCACUCCCGACCUCUUCGUCUCCAUCUCUCUACAAUGAAGAAUAAUCAAAACUCAGUAGUGGCCACCAUCAAGGUCCUCUCCCCUCCGAUCAAUCUCUUCGCCGUCUUCUUCUUCUUCGCCGUCGGCUUAACCUGCGGCAUCAUCCUCUCAUUCUACGCCAAAAACUACUCCUUGAACGUCCAAGUCAUGGACGCCGUCCAACGCCGUGCCCAGCCGGCGAGUACCCAGCAGACGCCGCUCGCGCCGCCGCAGGAGCGGGUCGGGCUGAGGGAGUUCUUGCGUCCCCCGAAGACGAGGGGUCACGACAUGAGCGACGAGGAGCUGCUGUGGCGGGCAUCGGUGGCGCCCCGAAUCGAAAAGUACCCGUUCCGGCGGGUGCCGAAGGUUGCGUUCAUGUUCCUCGUACGAGGCGAGUUGCCGCUAGCGCCGCUGUGGGAGAAGUUUUUUGACGGCGUUGACGGCCGGCUUUUCUCCGUGUACGUCCAUUCCGAUCCGUCUUCCAAUGGGACCGUGACGCCGCCGCUUGGUUCCGUGUUUCACGGGAAAAGAAUUCCCAGCAAGAAAGUAGAAUGGGGAAAGGUGAACAUGAUUGAGGCUGAGCGGAGAUUACUUGCAAAUGCACUUCUUGACAUCUCCAAUGAACGUUUCGUUCUCCUCUCAGAAGCAUGCAUUCCAUUAUUCAAUUUCUCCACCAUCUACUCUUACCUCACCAACUCCUCCCAGACCUUUGUGGAGGUCUAUGACCUACCUGGCCCGGUAGGUCGGGGCCGCUACAACCACCGCAUGAGCCCGGCUCUCAAAGUUGGGCAAUGGCGAAAAGGAUCCCAAUGGUUCGAAAUGGACCAUCGUCUCGCCCUCGAGGUAAUAUCUGACAAGAAAUAUUUCCCGCUCUUCAAAGCAUAUUGCUCCGGGAAUUGUUACUCGGACGAGCAUUACUUGCCCACUUUGAUGAACAUCAAGUUCGGGAGGCGCAAUUCGAACCGCACCUUGACUUGGGUAGACUGGUCGAAAGGCGGGCCACAUCCGUCCCGGUUUAAUCGAAACGACGUCACCGUGGAGUUUCUACACAAGUUGAGGAAUGGAAGCAAGUGUCUUUACAAUGGGGAAGAGACAACGAUAUGCCAUUUGUUUGCCAGGAAAUUCACCCCACAUGCUCUUAGCAGAUUGCUUAUUUUGGCACCAAAAGUUAUGCACUUCCAUGGAUGGUGAUAUUGAGAAGCAACAGCAGAAAUGUAUAGACCGGCAUACACAUAUUCAUUAUAGAACCGCUGGGUUAGGUAAUUAAACAAUCAUGAGUGAUUUGUUAUUUUGACAAAAAAAAGUGUGACAAGAUUUCUCUCGUAAAAAUGAGCUGAUCAUUGUUUAUUUUCUAAUUCUUUUGGUACUAUGUGAAUAUAUCACAUUCUUUUAUUUUUUGUUGCAC